CGGAAAUAACAAAAAUUAAUUACCCAUGACUUUUGUGUAAUCAAGUCAUUACAUAAAGGUUUUUAUAAGAACAAUAAAAUAAAUUAAUCGUGACUUUUUUUAAAAGAAAAAUUUUAAAUCAGUAUGAAAAAUCACACAAAAGACAGAAUAAAAAUAAAAGUUUAGUAAAAGUGACAUGUUACUGCGGCUGCUUCUUUAGAAAAAACAACACAUCCACUUUGCCUGUUAUCAUAUAGAUUUUAGCAAAUACGACUGUAGAAGACUAAUUUCCGUGUUUUCUUUUCAAAGAUUUUUGUAGUAAAAUACUGUGUGGCUUUUUGCGACAGCCUUUUGAUAGUCUUCAAGCAAGUUGAGCUUCGUAAAGGAGCUUUGUGAAAGAUUUUUGCGCGAAAAUUGAUAGCGAGUUGUUUUUUGAAAAGACCUGUAGCGAAAGAUGCUGCGAAACUUCACUAAAGGUUAUAAAACCUUAUCAACUAUCCUGCGACCUAGAGUAGCAUCAGGGUUAUAUCAAUCAAAAACUAAAAACAUAUGGCUGAGACAAUCAAGCAGUUACAUCACUGAUGAUUACAUUAUAAAAAAUCCAAAAGAAAUUCAUUUUCCGGAAGAAAACUUUUUCAAUUUCAUUGAAAAAGAAAUUGCAGCUUAUGGAGAUAGACUGGCGAUGGUUGACGCUAUUUCAGGCAGUCAAAUGACAUACACCGAAUUGUUAAUGAAGUCAAGACAGCUUUCCUAUUUUUAUAAGAACAAUGGUUACAAACAAGGUGAUUGCGUUGCCAUUCACGUUCCAAAUUGUAUUGAAUAUCCUGUAACAGCAUUAGGUACUGUAGCAAAAGGAAUUACAUUAACUACUGCAAACCCUACGUAUACUGCUGAAGAACUCAGUAACCAGUUAAGGAACUCUAAUGCUCGGAUUUUGUAUACAAAAUCCACCUUACUGGACACUGCAAGAAGAGCUGCUGAAAAUACCAAUACUGAUAAACUUAUAUGCAUUGAUGAAACUAAUUGUAGCGACAGUGGUGUUUUGCAGUUUAAAGAUAUCUUGAAAGAAGGGUGUGUUGAUGAACCAGUUUAUGUGAAUGCAAAGGACGAUGUUGCUUAUAUGAUGUAUUCAAGUGGAACAACUGGUUUACCAAAAGGUGUCAUGAUGACUCACCAUAACAUGAUAUGUAAUACAUUACAACUUGCUGAUGGCGUAACACCACACAAGUUGACAAAGGCGUUGUGCGUUUUACCAAUGUUUCACAUAUAUGGCUUGGUAUAUAUUAUGUUUGUUCACCUUGUGAGAGGCUUCACUUUGUAUACAUUACCAUCUUUUGAUCCAGAAACGUUCCUAUCUGCUUUACAAAAUCACAAGAUUGAAAAAGUCUCUACAGUUCCCCCGAUCAUGUUAUUCCUUUUAAACCAUCCAAUGGUGAGCAAGUACGAUGUUUCACAUUUGCGAAAUAUAACAGUAGGAGCUGCACCUGUGGAUGAGAAUGUACUGAACGGAUUUCAUAAAAAGUUUCCAAACAUACAUAUUCUUCAAGGUUAUGGAAUGACAGAAAGUAUGGUCACACACAUGCAAGAUGAAAAUGCGCAAACAACACAUAAGCAUGGCUCUGCAGGAACUGUUGUCAGCGGUGUAGAAUGGAAGGUUCAAUGCUUAGAGACAGGUAAAGCUUUGCCAGCAUAUGAGAAGGGUGAGGUGUGUACAAGAGGACCACAAGUAAUGAAAGGUUACCAUAACAACGAAGAAGAAACAAAGAAAUGUUUAUCAGAAGACGGUUGGAUGCGUUCUGGUGAUUUGGGAUAUUAUGAUGAGGACUUCCAUAUUUUUGUUGUGGAUCGAUUAAAGGAACUGAUUAAGUGCAAAGGUUUUCAGGUGGCGCCUGCAGAACUUGAGGACUUAUUACACGGGCACGAAGAUAUCACUGACAGUUGUGUUAUUGGUGUUCCUGACGAAAAAUAUGGUGAAGUUCCACGUGCUUUCGUUGUUAAAAAGAACGAAUCUGGUCUAACAGAAGAGGAUGUUUACAAAUUCGUAAAUCAAAACGUAUCGGAUCAUAAACAACUACGUGGUGGAGUAAAAUUUGUGGAUGCAUUGCCGAGGUCACCUGCAGGAAAAUUACUUAGAAGAGUGCUUAAGGAAGAGCAUGCUAGCAAAUAGUAUCACAAGCGAUUACUUAAAUAGUGGCAUAAUUAUGUAUAGAAUUCGGUAUCACAAUAACAACAAACAUGUUGUAAGGGUGUAAAGAAUAUUAACGAUAUUAGAUUUUAGUAUCACAGACUAGUUGUGAAUAGCGUGUAACGCUUUGUGGAUUUAUUUGUACUCCUCCUUUUGUCUCUCUAACAACGUAUUUAACCGACGAUAAUUUUAAAGUUAUGAAAAUUUUCAACCGACAAAAAAUUUGUAACAAUUAAAAUAACGCUGUCGACUAUGAAAGUAAACUCUAUAUUGAGCGGAAGUUCCUUUCGUGAACGAGGCUUUAUCUUUUCUCGAGGAAACCUAGUACAACUGUCUUUGAAAUUUAUGAGGAUUGAUUUUUAGUUCUUUAUUGAGUUAACUUAGUGUUAAAGAAUUAUUGUAAUAGAUGAUAAUCAAUAGUAGUAUAGAAUAAAAAUUUAAGGUUUUCACUUGUAAUUUUUCUCAUUUAAAUUGAUUUCGUUAAAGUGAUAAAUAUUUUUAUCCACAAAAAUUUAAACUGGAAAAUUU